AUGGCAGAGCUGCCGGGGUCAGAGAUGCCGGGGGACCCCACGCUGUGCAGCGGGCGCUUCACCAUCAGCACGCUGCUGGGGGGCGAUGAGCCCCCGCCGCCGGCUGCCUACGACAGCAGCCACCCCAGCCACCUGACCCACGGCAGCACCUUCUACAUGCGCACCUUCGGCUACAACACUAUCGAUGUGGUGCCCGCCUACGAGCACUAUGCCAACAGCGCCCUGCCCGGAGAGCCCCGAAAGGUCCGGCCCACGCUGGCCCAUCUGCACUCCUUCCUCAAGGAAGGCAGCCAUCUGCACGCCUUGGCCUUCGACAGCCGGCCCGGCCAUGAGAUGACUGACGGGCUGGUGGAGGACGAGACAGGCACCAACAGUGAGAAGAACCCUGGGGAGCCCGUGCGCUUUGGCUGGGUCAAGGGGGUGAUGAUCCGUUGCAUGCUCAAUAUCUGGGGCGUGAUCCUCUACCUAAGGCUCCCCUGGAUUACAGCCCAGGCGGGCAUCGCUGAUCCUUUGGUUUCACGGAUUCUGGCUCUGUCCUUAAUAGGUGGCACCUACUUCCUCAUCUCCCGGAGUCUCGGCCCAGAGCUCGGGGGCUCCAUCGGCCUCAUUUUCGCUUUUGCCAAUGCUGUGGGCGUGGCCAUGCACACCGUGGGCUUUGCAGAGACUGUGCGGGAUCUGCUCCAGGAGUACGGCACGCCCAUCGUGGACCCCAUCAAUGACAUCCGCAUCAUCGGCGUGGUCACCGUCACCGUGCUGCUGGCCAUCUCCCUGGCUGGCAUGGAGUGGGAGUCCAAGGCCCAGGUGCUUUUCUUCCUCGUCAUCAUGAUCUCCUUUGCCAACUACUUAGUGGGGACGCUGAUCCCCCCAUCUGAGGACAAGGCCUCCAAAGGCUUCUUCAGCUACCGGGCGGACAUUUUUGUCCAGAACUUGGUACCCGACUGGCGGGGUGCAGAAGGCAGCUUCUUCGGGAUGUUCUCCAUCUUCUUUCCCUCGGCUACAGGCAUCCUGGCAGGGGCCAACAUCUCUGGGGACCUCAAGGACCCUGCUGUAGCCAUUCCCAAGGGAACGCUCAUGGCCAUUUUCUGGACCACUGUCUCCUACCUGGCCAUCUCGGCCACCAUCGAUUCAAGAGGGUCCCUGGGUGACCCCGGCUCAGCCUCGCGAGGACUGGCCUGUGGCUCUGGCUGGAACUUCACAGAGUGUGCCCACCAGCUGUGCCGCUAUGGCCUCAUCAGCUACUACCAGAUGCGUGGCUUCUGCCAGGGAUGCCUGUGCGAGGACCAGCUGUACCCACUGAUCGGCUUCUUCGGCAAGGGCUACGGCAAGAACAAGGAGCCCGUGCGCGGCUACCUGCUGGCCUACGCCAUCGCCGUGGCCUUCAUCAUCAUCGAUCACGUAGAGCAGGAGGAAGAGAACAACGCCGAUGGCGAUGAGGGCUGCCCACCAGGCCUCACCCUCCUCAUCCCCUAUCUCCUCGGCCGCAAGAAGAGGUGGAGCAAAUGCAGGAUCCGCGUGUUCGUGGGGGGCCAGAUCAACAGGAUGGACCAGGAGAGAAAGGCGAUCAUUUCUCUGUUGAGCAAGUUCCGACUGGGAUUCCACGACGUUCACGUCCUUCCCGACAUCAACCAGAAGCCGCGGGCGGAGCACACCAAGAGGUUUGAGGACAUGAUUGCACCCUUCCGCCUGAAUGACGGCUUCAAGGAUGAGGCUGCUGUCACCGAGAUGAGGCGGGACUGCCCCUGGAAGAUCUCAGAUGAGGAGAUUAACAAGAACAGAGUCAAGUCCCUUCGGCAGGUGAGGCUGAACGAGAUCCUGCUGGAUUCCUCCCAGGACGCUGCUCUAGUGGUCAUUACCUUGCCUAUAGGGAGGAAAGGAAAGUGUCCGAGCUCCCUGUACAUGGCCUGGUUGGAGACGCUGUCCCAGGACCUCAGACCUCCGGUCAUCCUGAUCCGAGGAAACCAGGAAAACGUGCUCACCUUUUACUGCCAGUAA